AUGUCCGGAUUUAUAGCAGUUCAUACAGGUGCGGGCAAUAUCGUCGAUGAGACCAAGUAUCAACGAGUGAUUAAGGAAGCCUGUAUAGUGGCAACGGACAUUUUAAAAAAUGGGGGUUCUGCAAUGGAUGCUUGCGAAGCUGCCAUUAUCCGUCUUGAGAAUUGCGGUAACACAAAUGCUGGCUUCGGAUCCAAUUUAUGUUGGGACGGAUACGUCCAGUGCGAUGCUUCCAUUAUGAAUGGCUCAAAUUUGCAUUUUGGUGCUUGCACAAAUGUAUCGACAGUCAAAAACCCCAUACAGUUGGCAAGAGUAUUGUGUGAGAGACAGGAGAGAAUGCUGUCAAUGGAACGCAUACCCCCAAUGGUCAUGGCCGGAACUGGCGCUGAACAUUUUGCUGAAGAAACGGGAUGUACUAUGAUUGACGCAAAUGCAAUGAUAUCGUCCAAGGCUAAGUUUACAUACAACCAUUACAAAUCGAAGGUGGGUGACGGAGCAAAAGUCACAAGCACCAAACUAGAGAAUAACACCGAACAGUCGGAAACAGUGGAAGCCUCCGAAGUAAGUCCUCUGGAUACUGUUGGAGCUGUAUGUGUUGAUAGUACUGGCAACUCAGCAGCUGGAUGCAGUUCCGGUGGUUUGAUAUUGAAAGUUCCCGGGCGUGUUGGACAGGCUGCAUCUUAUGGUGCUGGCUGCUGGGCCACGGACACCGAUGACCUAUCCGUUGCGACUUGUACUACGGGCAAUGGGGAAUACCUAAUGAAGACGUUUCUAGCAAAAGAAAUAUGCACAGACCUAUUUACCUCCGACUGCGCCGUUACUUCUCUGCACAAAACAUUUAAAACCAAGUUCCUUGAAUCUCCGUUUCUUCCGGCAGACCAGUGUCUUUAUGGCGGAGCUCUGUCACUACUAUAUUAUCCAAAAAAUAACUGCGGAGAGGUGCUUUGGAGCCAUACAACCAAGUCAUUCUGUGUCGGCUAUAUGUCAACACAACAAAAAACGCCAAAAUUUGUCUAUUCACCAUUGCCAGCGUACAGUCAGCCGGGGAAGUCAAGUGUAGUGAAUGGACACAAUUUCCAUUUGCGUGUAUAAUCUGUUUAAAUGUUCCU